CGCCGGCCAUGGAGCACCAGCUGCUGUGCUGCGAGGUGGAGACCAUUCGCCGGGCGUACCUCGAUGCCAACCUCCUCAACGACCGGGCACUGCAGACCAUGCUCAAAGCCGAGGAGACGUGCUCUCCCUCCGUCUCGUACUUCAAGUGCGUGCAGAAGGACAUCCUUCCCUACAUGCGCAAGAUCGUGGCCACCUGGAUGCUCGAGGUGUGCGAGGAGCAGAAAUGCGAAGAGGAAGUCUUCCCCCUGGCCAUGAACUAUCUGGACCGGUUCCUGUCCCUGGAGCCGCUUAAGAAGAGCCGGCUGCAGCUGCUGGGGGCCACCUGCAUGUUCGUGGCGUCCAAGAUGAAGGAGACCAUCCCACUGACGGCCGAGAAGCUGUGUAUCUACACAGACCACUCGGUGCGGCCCGAGGAGCUGCUGCACAUGGAGCUUCUCCUGGUCAACAAGCUGAAAUGGCAUCUGGCGGCCAUGACCCCCCACGACUUCAUCGAACACUUUCUGUCCAAGAUGCCCGUGCUGGAGGAGAACAAGCAGAUUAUCCGCAAACACGCGCAGACCUUCGUGGCUCUCUGCGCUACAGAUGUGAAGUUCAUUUCCAACCCCCCUUCCAUGAUCGCCGCGGGGAGCGUCGUGGCCGCCGUCCAGGGCCUGCACUUGGGGAGCACCAACUCCUUCCUCACCUACCAGCGCCUCACCAGAUUCCUGUCUCAAGUUAUCAAGUGUGACCCGGAUUGCUUACGAGCCUGCCAGGAGCAGAUCGAAGCCCUCCUGGAGUCCAGCCUGCGCCAGGCCCAGCAGCACAGCUCAUCCUCAGUGCCCAAGAACAUGGAGGAGGAGGGAGAUCUGUCCUACACGCCCACCGACGUGCGAGAUGUGAACAUUUGAGGGCCCGCCCGCCGUCUGCUGGGGGUUUGCUGAGUCUGGAGGCAAACAAAGGGCAUCUGGGGCCGGAGGCUGCCGCCGCCAUGUCAGAACCCCCCCCCCCCACCCCCCCCCCCACACGCAGGAGACCUUCCCCGGGACACUUCUAGACCCAACGGGCCCUUCGCUCCGUUUUCUCUGUUCCUGUUCUUUCUCUCCGCUCUCUCUCCCUCUCCAUCUUCCAUCCGUGACUUACAGAAACCAUCCCAAAAAACUGUCGAGGAAAAAUAUGCGCGUGGCCCCGGGGGAUUGGGCUUUGCGCCGAGCAAAUAGAUGCUUUUAUACUCUAAUAAUCAACUAGUUUUUAUAUUAACGUGUUUAUGACUGUAUGUUGUAAAGAUAGGCGUUAACAUGAGAAGGAGAUCUCCAGGGGAGGUCUUAGCCGCGAUUCCUUACAUGGUGAAAAACCAAAAAAAAAAGAAAAAGGAAAAAAAAGCCCCAAAAUGCAGAAACCACAGAACGAAGCAGAAAAAGUGAAACCAGCCGUUUUUGAGUAGAGGAGGGUUAGCGUUUUUCUUCUUUUGUAGACGUAGAGCUCCGAGGGCGGCGGCGGGCAUCUGGGCCCCCGCCUGCCUGCCGCCCGCAGCCCCAGCACCUCUGUCAUCCGCUAGCUAAUGCAUGUAGGCACUUUACGGCCUGUCUCUGAGCGGCUUAGCUCCUUCCCUAGGUGUUUCUCCUCUCCCCUCACGAGUGGUUCAGCGGAACAGAGCGUUUCCUUUCAGGCUAAUCUUGUUCGUGCCUCAGACCCAGAGCUUUCUCUCUUACACGCACACGUGCGCACACACACACGGCUCAUCCAGGACUUGUAUUCUAGAAAGGACAAAGUAGUGACAUAAUAUAUUCUAUUUUUGUAAUCUUCCUAUUUUUUUAGCGCGCGCUGACCCAGCGGCGUGUGGAAGGCCAGGGCUUCCGGCGUCCUCCUGCCGCCGUCCGUUCGGCGGAACCCGUGUUGUGCCCCGAAACCAUUCCAUUCCAAAGCACUUUCAGUCCACGAGAGAGAGGAGGCCAUGUCGGUGUGUUGUGUGUUGCAUGGGGGGCGGGGGCGGGGGGACUCUCUAAAAUGGAAUGGUUUGGAAGCAGACGUACGCUCAGAGGCAGACGGCCGAGUUGGCGCCUUGGCUGGACUCUGGUGUCUGGCCGUGGUGGUUUGAGGUGGUUGGGUUUCAGAGGAGAGAGGGAGAGAAAAUUGGUUCACAGAUUGCCAGGAUGCACGCCUGCCCUUCCCAAGGCUCUUCACGUCUUUAGUGCCAACUGAUGUUUGUAAAUUAGGGGCCUGAAAGGUUUGCCUUAGACCGUGUAGUUUUUCUCUACCUGUUUUACAACGGAAGGUUUUUAAAGGCUAAAAUAUAUAAUUUAUAGUUAAGGCUAUAAAGCAUAUUUAUUGCAGAGAAAAUUCAGAAGGCCAGUACGAUUUGUAAAAUAAUGCAAUCUCCCCCUUGGUUUAAAAAAAGACACAAAAAAAUCCCCACAAUACCUUGUGCUUACCCGCGACGUUGCAGUUUUGACGCAGCUUGUCAAAGACCGGUCCUUUGGAGUCAAGUUAUCAGGAACAGAACCCAAGGACGCAUGGACGCAGCUCUUGGGAGGAGAGGGUCUGUCUGGCCAUUGAAAAACCCACGCCAGAGCUGGAGAACCCGGGGAGGGGGGCUGGCGUCCGCGUCUGUCUUCUUCCCUUGUGUAGCGACUGAAAAUUUGCACAUCUGGGCGAGGCAUGUUGUGUUAUUCUUUAGGAAGUAAGUAGAUGAAGGGAGGGGGUGGAUGGAGGGAGGGGCGGAAGGAGAGGAAGAUGGCGUUGGAGGAGGAAGGGGGGGUUGGGGUGAGGAAUCGGAGGGAUGGACGGACCGACGGAUGGAUGGAUGCAUGGGGGAAGCUGCCGAUCGUUGAAGGGGUGAUUGUAAAAGUAACAGGAGUGGAGUGGGGGAUACUCCGUUUUUAUUGAGCUGCUAUGGAUGAAUUCCCAGCAUGGUUUGGAAAAGGAAAAAAAAGACAGCUAGUAGCGCUUCUCUGUAUCUUUGUUGUGUCGUUUUGCUGCUAUAUAUUGUGGAUCAGUUUUUUUUUUUUUUUUACACAAUGUCAUUAACUGCCAUGUCAAACGUUUUUAAUUUUCUCAUAGAAAAUUAUGUUAUUGACAAUUUUUUUUGUAGAUUUUUUUUAUGUGAUCAUUUUUUUUUUUUUUUACUUAAUGUGAUUACUGCUCUAUCCCAAAAAAGGUUCCUCUUUCACAAUACCUCAUGCUUUUCAGUUAACCGUGUUAGAACCAGGGGUUUUCAGGUCCUGGACUCCUAGCCUCCCCUCCUCCUGCAAACUCACCGACCAGCCAACUGACCAGCCAGCUCACAAGCCAAGCAGUCAUGGCGUGCGCUCUCUCCUGAAUGGGGCUCCGGCAAGCAGGGUUGCGCGAGUUGAGAAACAGCCCCAGAGACUGAGUCCCAGCGGUUUCCUUCUUUGCUGUGCGUGGAGAACAGUGGAUUCUCCCUCUGCCCUGGGGUUCAUUAUCAUAGUAGUUGUAAGCUAUGUUAUUAGCCACAUUGCUCUAUGGAAGGUGCAUUAAUUCUUAGGACUGUCUGCUGGGGGGACUCACCCUUGGCAUAGGGUGUCUUCUGAAACGCUACGUAUCUGGCGUGUUUAAUCUGUUUAUUAUAUGCUAGGUUUUUGUUGUUAAUUAUAGCAUAAUGCUAAUUUAAGAGAAGCCUGUAGGUUUUACCAUGAAGCCGGCUAACAGAGUUGUAUGCUGAAGAAUAAACUAGCUGUUUGUCUGUAUGCUGCUAAAACCAAAACGGAAUUAGAAUUCAUUUAUUUUUUAUUUUGAGGAGAAACGCAGUGAAGAUCCCCGGUGGCCCGUGGAGGGCGGCGGCGUGGCAUCCACCCGUCCUGGCCACGUUUGGGGAACAUUGACGCUUUACCUCAGAAACACUUCUCUGUUUGUGUGGCAUCUCUGUGUCGCGGGGGGGGGGGGGGCCGGGGGGGGGGGGGGGCUGUGUGCUAAGCUCAGUGGUGGUGUGUCCGGUAAGUUUCUUUCAAUAUUGUACGUACUAAGAGGCCAAAGGCUGAUCGCGGGUUCAUGUGUCCACAGAGGUGCUUUAUGUGUCCUGUUUUUACAGAUUUAUAACAAUCUUAUAGGAAACAGACAAGUCAGAUGUGUACGUUUUUAUAUUGUACUUAUUGGCAUCCCUGGUCUGAAAUGCACAUUUUCACCAACAGACCUGUAACAGACAAGUUUCCAGCAAAAAAGGAAAAAAAAAAGAAAAAAACUUAAAAAAAAAUUUAAA